AUGACCACGGCGCAGAACGGCCACGGGUGCGGAGCUACGGUCCCUGGUUCCAUCUCUGACCCCAAGGACCCUGGCAUGGGAACCCACCCGGCGUGCCGCAACGGCGGCUGCAGCAGCGGCGGCACGGGCGCCCGGGAGGCGCGGCUCAGCCCGGCCCGCAUCCUGCGCCUCUUCUCUGCCGGCCCGGGCAGGACGCGCGCCGACCGCGAGCGGCCUCGGCCCGCCGGCCUCGUGGGCAGCUCCUCCACGUGGAACGCCCUGGCCUCCUUCCGGAAAAUGGGCUCUUUCAAAAAACUCAAGUCCUCGGUCCUCCAGGGCAUUCAAAACCGGGAGGGGUGGGAUGCUGCGAAAGAAGGAACUUCGGAUCGAGACCCGGGCAAGUCCAUCCCCAACGGCGCGGCGGCAGGGGCCCCUGCGGGCAGGUGCGCCCUGGGGCCCGGCUUCGCCUCCGACGGCUCAGACCCGGAGGAGCCGGACGACGGCUUCGCGCGCGGCGCCCUCCGGUCGCGGAGCCUCCGUCGUGCCUACGGCCUGGGGCGCAUCCGCCUCCUCGAUCCGGAGCCCCCCGGGCCUGUGGCAUGUGAGGCCCCAGAGCCCCCAGCGCGCGAGCCCGAGCGGAACGGUGUCUGCCGGCGCAGCAAGAGCACGGACAGCCUGACCUUCCUCGGUAAGAGCUCCUUCCGAAGGAAGUCCGCCUCGCACCUGGCCGAGCUGCGCAGCGCGCAGGAGGGCCGGGGGCCCCGCAGGACGCUGAGCGGCUCGUCCGCCGACUCCGACAGCUCAGGUGGGGCCCCCACGAGGCCCAGGCGCUGGAGGAGCCCGCUGCGGGUGCCGGACCUGGCCCGGGUGCUGCGGCUCUCAGCGGGUGGCACGGCCGGCCGGACCGGGGACCCCGGGAGCGCAGCGUCCGGGCCGCGGCCGCUCAGCCGGCUGCACGAUGACUACUCCCGCCGCGCGGCUGCCGGCCCCGAGGGGCGUGGACGGGGGCGCGCGGAGCCCCGAGACCCAGGCCCAGGGGGUGCAGGCGGACCGCCCAGGGCAGCGGUCCCAGUAGGUGCCGCUCCUCGUACCCAGGGCUCUCCGUCCAGCCCACCGGCCCGGGAGAUGACGGGCAGAGGCUCCGACGAACCGGGACCUGGCGGCCGGUUUCCCUCGGAGCCUGAGCACCCUCUCGGGCCCCCGAGGCCCACCACGCCCAAGCCCCCCAGCCCUCGGAGCCCCGACGCAGCGAGUGCCAGGUGUCCCAACAGUGUCAGCGCGCUGUCGCUGAGCUCAGCGGACAGCGAGGAUAGGGCCGAGGGGCCCCCCCAGAGGGAGCAAAGUUCUGGGUGCUCUCGGGAGGCCGUGCCAGCCACCUGUGACCAGGGCAAGGAGGACAGCGGCGCCGGCGGCCACGCUCAGCCCAGCCUUGGAGGGGCGGACGGUCCAGAAGACAAGACAGAAGAGGUUGUGACUGAGGGGUCCUGGAGGCAGGCUCCCCCACCGGAGGAAGAGAGGACGGAGGCUCAGAGGAUCCCCAGGAGGAGACUGGGGUCUGGGAGGAGGUCGAGGCCCCGACCACUCUCCGACUAUGGCCAGCUGGUCGCCCGAAGUCUGUCUAUCCCAGAAGAUGCAAUCGCCGUGGACCCCCAGAAAGAGGACACUGUGGACAGUGAUCACCAGCCCAGCGUGGCCCCCACAGACCCUGAAGACCAGACUCCUGCUGGCGGCUGUCCCCGGGGGGGCCCGAGAAGACGCCCCAUCUCUGUGAUCGGCGGGGUCAGCUUCUAUGGGAGCAGCCAGACGGAGGAGGGGGAAACCCUCCUGCCCCAACCUGCCGCCCGGCCGCCCGUGCCCGCACACCAGGUGCCACCCUACAGGGCGGUGUCAGCCCGGCUGCGGCCCUGCGCCUUCUCCCAGAGCACCCCCAUCGGGCUGGACCGCGUGGGACGCCGGCGGCACCUGAGAGCGUCCAACGUUUCUUCCGAUGGAGGUGCGGAGCCGUCUGCCCUAGUGGACGACAACGGCAGCGAGGAGGACUUCAGCUACGAGGACCUGUGUCGGGCCAACCCCCGAUACCUGCAGCCGGGCGGGGAGCAGCUAGCCAUCAACGAGCUGAUCGGCGAUGGCAGCGUGGUCUGCGCGGAGGCCCUGUGGGACCACGUGACCAUGGACGAACAGGAGCUGGGCUUCAAGGCGGGGGACGUCAUCCAGGUCCUGGAGGCUUCGCACAAGGACUGGUGGUGGGGCCGCAGCGCAGACAGGGAGGCCUGGUUCCCGGCCAGCUUCGUACGGCUGCGCGUCAACCAGGAGGAGCUGUCGGAGGGCUCCAGCGGCGGCCCGGGCGAGGAGCAGGAGGAGGACACGGGUAGGGCCCGCCACAAGCACCCCGAGAGCAAGCAGCAGAUGCGGGCCAACGUGGUCCAGGAGAUCAUGGACACCGAGCGCGUGUACAUCAAGCACCUCCGGGAUAUCUGCGAGGGCUACAUCAGACAGUGUCGCAAGCACACAGCGAUGUUCUCGGUUGCACAACUGGCCACCAUUUUCGGAAACAUUGAAGACAUUUACAGAUUUCAAAGAAAGUUCUUGAAAGACCUUGAGAAGCAGUACAAUAAAGAGGAACCUCAUCUGAGUGAAAUAGGGUCCUGCUUCCUUCAGCACCAAGAGGGCUUCGCCAUCUACUCGGAGUACUGCAACAACCACCCGGGCGCCUGCGCGGAGCUGGCGGGCCUGAUGCAGCAGCGCCGCUACCGCCACUUCUUCGAGGCCUGCCGGUUGCUCCAGCAGAUGAUCGACAUCGCGCUGGACGGCUUCCUGCUGACGCCCGUGCAGAAGAUCUGCAAGUACCCGCUGCAGCUGGCCGAGCUGCUCAAGUACACCGCGCCAGAGCACAGUGAUUACGACAAUAUAAAGGCAGCGUACGAGGCCAUGAAGAACGUCGCCUGCCUGAUCAAUGAGCGGAAACGCAAGCUGGAAAGCAUAGACAAGAUCGCGCGCUGGCAGGUGUCCAUCGUGGGCUGGGAGGGCCAGGACCUCCUGGAGCGCAGCUCGGAGCUGAUCCACUCUGGGGAGCUGACCAGUGUCACACGGCAGGGCAAGAGCCAGCAGCGCACCUUCUUCCUGUUCGACCACCAGCUGGUGUUCUGUAAGAAGGACCUGCUGCGCAGGGAUGUGCUCUACUACCGCGGCCGCGCCGACACGGACGCCGUGGAGCUGGUGGACCUGGAGGACGGCCGCGACGGCGCCCGCGGGCCGGGCCUCAAGAACGCCUUCAGGCUGGUCAGCCCGACGGGCGACGAGGUGCACCUGUUCUGCGCCAGGAAGCCCGAGGACAAGGCGCGGUGGCUGCAGGCCUUCAGGGACGAGCGCCGGCGGGUACAGGAGGACCGGGCGCUGGGAAUGGAAAUUUCGGAAAAUCAGAAGAAACUCGCCAUGUUAAAUGCUCAAAAGGCAGCACACGGAAAGUCAAAAGGCUACGGCGGCUGCCCCGCGGCGCCCCCGCUCCAGAGCCUGCGGCCGGUCCACCAGCGCCACGUCACCGUGCCCAGCAGCCUGCCGCAGCAGCAGGUGUUCGCCCUGGCCGAACCCAAGAGGAAGCCGUCGCUCUUCUGGCACACCUUCAACAAGCUCGCCCCCUUCAGGAAGUGA